UAAAUGAAGCAGAUGACCCUCGCAAGUUUGCACAUGGUGAAGCAGAAGAAACAGAUAAACGCACAAAACACCAUUAUAAACAUGAAGUAUCUUUUAUUGGGUAUGUGGACUUGGGUGCUGUUGGUAUUGAUGGGAAGUGGAAGAAGCAUGGGGUGCUUGGAAGAAGAGAGAAAUGCACUGCUCAUGAUUAAGGCCGCCUUCACCCACCCAAAUGGGUCUUCUCUUCCGUCGUGGCGCGAUGGCAAUGGUGACUGUUGCGGCUGGGAACGCGUGGAGUGCAAUAACACCGUUUCGCGAGUGACUGGAUUGUAUCUGAACCGGACACGCCCGGACGCAUUGGGAAAGCGCUAUUGGGAAUUGCCUAGGCUGGUUAUUGACGCGUCUUUAUUCCUUCCCCUGGAGGAACUUCAAGUGUUGAAUUUACGUUGGAAUUCUCUCUCAGAUUUAAAUGGAACGCUACACCUGAGGAAAUUGAAGAGGCUAGAUCUAUCUGAAAAUUAUCUACAACGAGUCCCCUCGUUGUACAAGCAAAUUUCAAUGGAGGCCCAAAAUUUGUCUUCCAACCAGCUUGAAGGUGUGAAUCUGGAGACUCUGGAUCUUUCUAGUAAUGAUUUGGUGAAUGAUGCCCCUGCGGACAUUGCGAGGAUAACAUCUCUUAAGGCCUUAGACAUAAGUGAUUGUGGACUAAAUGCUUCAAAGUUAUUGGAAGGUACUUCUCUGAAAAUGCUUUCAUUUAUCACCUUCUUAGGAGAAAAUAAGAUAAGAUUGUCUUGAACAUAGAAGGCAUGACUGCAUUAUAUUCGACGUCCUUUGGAUCAUAUUUUGGCCGCACAUUUUCUUCAAAUAACUUAGCGCCAACAACUUGCAUCUAAGUAAAUGAUAUCAUAUAGUUGUUUGUCUUAUGCUUGAAGUGGGAAGGAUUUAGUUAAAUGUCUAUGGAAGCCAUAAAUAAACCCAUGUCAUGCUCAAUGUCUUUAUUGUGGGAUCAUGAUGUCGGUGAUCCUAAGAAUUUUGGUCAUUUUCAAUUUAAUCCCUGAUCUUUAAAUAUUGAUGUUUAGGCUCCAUGCUUUUACAUUUGUGAAUCUU